AUGUCGUCAACAACAAAACCGCGCACGAGGGCGGGUAAGCGUGCCCUCCAAAAGCGAGAACCGAAACUCGAGGAAAACCCGAAAAGGCUGCUUGUCCUGCGAGCAAGCAAGACUUCGCAGGUAGCGAUUGGCGCUCUUCGUUCGCUAGCGCGGCUCAAAGCACCUCUGGUAACUGUUCUAAGGAAGCGGAACGAAGUGCGUCCUUUCGAGCUCGGCGGUGAGGGCCCGUUAGAGUUCUUAUUACAGAGAAAUGACUGCUCCUUGUUCGCGAUCGCCACGCACGCUAAAAAGCGUCCGCAUGGCCUCGUGCUUGGCCGAAGUUUCGACGGUCGGGUGCUGGACAUGAUCGAAGUAGGCGUCGAGUCACUGAAAACCCCGGAACAGGACACUGAGGCCCCAAAACGCGCUGGCUCCAUAGGGUCGAAACCUUGCUUGUGUUUCCUGGGCGAUGCAUGGGCGAAAGUACCCCACGGCGAGCGACUGCGGAACUUGUUUCUGGACUUUUUCCGGGCUUACGAUUUGGAAGAGGUGAACCUUGCUGGCAUCGAUCAAGUGAUCGUACUGGUGGCGCAGUCGCCGCCUAGAAGCGUAUUGGAAACCGUUGAGUCGGAUGGAUGCGGGGAUCUGCGCAUUCUGUUUCGACACUAUCUUGUGCGACUGAAGAAACGAGCCGAGGGCGACGUGCGCCUGCCGCUGGUACGACUCGAACCCGCCAUGCCGUGGAUGGAUUGGCGAGUGCGUCGUACUCGCUUUGCGAGUGAUGCGCUGAUGCGUCAAACAAUGCCCACGCAGGAGCAACUGCGUGCAGCUGCCGGCUCUACGCUACCACGUCGUGAGAAGAACGUGAAAUAUGAUCCAGCCCGAUUGUCCAAGGUCGGAAAAGUUUACCUGCCGCGUCAGAGUCUGGAAACGCUGGAACUUGCCCCGUCUGCGCGACCACGGAAACGCAUCCGGACCGGCACAAGCUCUGCAACUUCACCGGCGGGCACCGAAUAG